CAGGCGGACUCUCAACCACCGCGCCACCAGGGAAGCCCGACAGGCGGAUUCUUAACCUAAAGUGGUGUUCCUGUCUUUUCUAUGAAUUUCACUCUCUGUAGUCUUCACCAGCAGCUGUGGUUUAAUCAUUCAGUAAAAGAGAAGAAUCAUUAACUAGGAGAAAAUGUCAAAUCUAAAAAUGAAAGAGGCAGCCCUUAUCUAUCUUGACAGAAGUGGAGGCCUCCAAAAGUUCAUAGACAAUUGCAAAUCCUACAGUGAUUCAAAACAAAGUUAUGCUGUCUAUCGAUUCAGUAUUUUAAUAAAUCCCUCUGAUAUUAUUGAGUUGGAUGCUGAACUUGGAAAUCAUAUUUUACACCAGCCUUUAAAAGCUGCUCAAGUUUUUCAAUCAGUCUGUUUUAUUGCUGUUAAGACUCUCUCAUUAAUUGAACAAUUACAGACUGAAGCUCAAAUUAAUAUACUGCUGAAGUUAACACAUUUACCUCCUCUGCCAAGUUAUAGUCUUGAUCUUUGUGAGUUUCCGCUUGAUUAUACAUCUCAAAGAUUUUAUAUGAUGCAAGGAAUUGUGAUUGCAAUGACAACUGUAACCAAGUAUACACAAGGUGCAAGAUUUCUUUGUUCAGAUGAAGCAUGCCCUCUUUCAAAAGGAUUUCAGUAUAUAAGAGUGCAUGUACCUGGUGCUACAGAGUCUGCAACAAUAAGAAAUGACUUUUUGUGUAAUCUAUGUUCAUCUUCACUUCAAGAAGACAGAAAAUUUAGAGUACUUGGUGAUAAACAGAUAGUUGAAAUAAUUACCACAAAGGCACUUCGUGCUUUUCAAGGAUAUUCUAACAACCAGCCAUUUAGGUUUCAAUCUCUCACAGUCUUCCUCAGAGAUGAAUUAGUGAAUGAAAUGAAUAUAGGAAAUGAGUAUAAGAUUAUUGGAAUUCCAACCUGUGUAAAAACAUCACAAACUGCUCUCUGUAUAGAGGCAAAUAGUAUCACUUUUUUCAAUCCAAAAGUUCCUUCAGGAAUUAGCGACAAUUUCAGGUGUCUCCUCUCUUUGACUUCCAGCUCGUACUGGAAGUUUACAGCAAUACUUGCCAAUGUCUUUGCAUCACAAAUUGUUCCUCCUGGGACUUACAAUUUGCUCAAGCUCUGUUUGUUGAUGAGUCUAGUACAGACAAGUGACCGUAACAAGGAACUGGAAGAUUGCCUGGAUCUUUUAAUUAUAACAAGUGAUAUUCUACUCGUAGACAGGCUUUUGAAUUUUAGUAUAAACCUUGUGCCCCGUGGUAUACGUCAUCCAGUCUCUACUGAAAUUUUUCCUACUCUAUCCAGGAAUAAGUAUGGAACUGGAGCAGUUAGCAUUCAAGGUGGCAGUGCUUUGCUAGCUAAAGGUGGUAUCUGCUUUAUAGGAGACUUGGCUUCACACAAAAAAGAUAAACUUGAACAGCUUCAAUCAGCUGUGGAAAGUAGAAGCAUCACAGUAUACAUCUCGGGAAAGAAGUUUGGGGAUGAUAUGGAUCAGCAAAUGACUUUUCCAGUUCAGUGCAGUUUUUGGUCUUUUGUUGAUAUGGAUUCAUCUUCAAGAAGAAAUGUACAGAAAACCAAUACUCUAAUUGGUCAGAUGGAUUGCAGUUUGAUUCCAGCUAAUCUCAUAGAGGCAUUUGGAUUAUUGAUUAACUGCAAUGAGUCAUCUCCUUGCCACCCACUUCUUCCUACUGUGCAACAUACUUUAAAGAAAGCCAUUGAUCCUGAAGGGCUGCUUUAUGUAGCUUCUAAACAGUUCACAACUGAAGAUUUUGAAAAGCUGCUUGCUUUUGCAAAGAAUUUGAAUGUUGAAUUCAGCUUGGAGGCAGAAAGAAUGAUUCAUGGCUAUUACCUAGCAAGUCGCAGAAUCAGAACAGAUUCUAUAUGUGGAUCAAAGCUGUCAGCAUCUGCAUUAAAAUAUUUAGUUUCCCUAUCUGAAGCCCAUGCUCGACUGAACCUAAGGAAUAAAGUGCUUAAAGAAGAUGUACUUAUUGCAGCCUUAUUAUUUGAAACAUCUCUAACAUUGAAAUAUGGGGCCGCUGUACUUUGUGUUGCUCCAAAUGCAGUAUUUCCAUUUGAACUGUAUAAUGAAGAAUAUUUAGAGCAAAGGGAUAUCUAUCUGACUGAGUGCCAACAACAGCUCCAACAGUUUAUUGCCACAUAUGGACCUGGGACAGCUAUCUUUGCUAGCGAUGAAUAGGCAAUCUGAGGAAAUUUUUCCUUCAUUCCUUUUUAAGCAGUGGAAAAAAGUGUGAGUGAUUUUCAAGUAAUGCUUCAGGUAAUCUUGUGUGUAGGGGUACAUUAGAAUGCCACCUUAAAAAAUAUAAAAUAUGAUUUCUUCAAAUUAAUUGCUAAUGGAAUAAACACUAAUACAAAUCUCAAAGCCAAUAGUAGAAUUUAUAAUUUAGGAUAAUCUUAUUAAAAAAACUUCUGGUUAGCCCAGGGUACCAGUGGUCCACAGAUUAAAAUAUAAAGAAUGUUGCAAACUAAGCAAUGGAAAAAAAAUAGUAACUUUUGUGUAGUUCCCUCUAUUUGUCACAAGAUGGCAAUAACACUUUAAAUAUUUACUUACAAAGUAAAACCAUUUUUUUCUUCAUUUGUGAACCUGAAAAAUUGAUGAGUAAAUAACAGCAUUUAUAUAACCAGAAGCCUUCAGUGUAAGGACUUUUCAUGCUAGAUACUGACAUGUCUAUUAUGUUGUUUUAGAAGCCCUAAUUAUGGGAUCAGGAAAAGCCCUGGAAAUUUUCCAUUUUUAAACCAGGUUAAAUGAAAAGAAGUUCCAUUGAAUCAAGGAGCAGUAAUUGGCUCCUUAAACCUAACUAGUUACAAGAAAGGUACCAAAAGCCAAAGAAACCAAUUUGCAAACCGUCUUCAUUUUUGGAGGGAAGAUAUCUGCUCUGAAAAGGUAGGAACACCGUGCAAAAAUAUACUUAUCUUGUAAAAUCCCCAAAUCCUUGUUUUUAUUUUCCAAAGUUUUAAUUAAAAAGACAGUUCUACUCACUAAUAGGAAAAUGUCAUCACAAAAUUGCCACCUUAUUAACCAAGACACUGUCAUGCAUCAAUUCUUUAGAAAUAGGUACUUCAUGGAGUUUAACUGUGAAGGCAGACAGCUCUCUCACUCUCUAGAGGACUUUUUAACAAGUCACUUACUACUUUCUUUCCUUGCAGUUCAUUCAACAGUAUUUACUGAAUAUCCACUAGUGCCAGAGACUAUACAGUGUUGUUUUCAGAAGGCAAACCUAGUCUAAAAAAAAAAAAUCAUAUAUUACAAAUUAAAGACCUUAUUUUGUGGCUUCUUAUAUACUAUAUUUCAGUUUUUUGUUCUCUAUGGU